GGUCAUAACGUGCGCGAAUAUUGUUUCGCUCGUUUCCUCAUCGGUAACGCUUCUCUUUUUCAUCUUCCACCCGCGUACGCGAGAAUUGGAAUAAUUCAACGCGCGUGUUAAUCCUCGUCAUCGUCGUCGUCGACGUCAUCGUCGUGGUGUCUAGUCAGUUCCUUUUUUUUCCCCCGAAUACUAAUUUCUCGUGUCUCACAUUUCUCCUAUUCUCGUUGGUCUUCUCUAGUUUUCUCUAUUCGUCUUUUUCUAUCUUUCUCUUUCUAUAUAUAUAAAUAUAUAUAUAUAUAUAUAUAUACAUCUCGCGUUGCUGCUUUCUUCGUCCGGCGAUUCGAAGAAAUUCAAAAAAAAUCCCAAGAUCGUCGUAGUUCUAUAAACUCCCGUCGUCGGCGUCGUCGUCGGUCACCCUAGGCCGAUCUCUCGUGAUAUUUAAAUAAUUAUUAUUGUACAAAGACUAUAACCAAUAGACGACACAAUGUCCGUAGACAAAGAGGAAUUGGUGCAGCGCGCGAAACUCGCCGAACAGGCGGAGAGGUACGAUGAUAUGGCAGCAGCAAUGAAAUCUGUCACUGAGACUGGAGUUGAACUCUCGAACGAGGAAAGGAACCUACUCUCAGUGGCGUACAAGAAUGUUGUUGGUGCGAGACGUAGCUCGUGGCGAGUCAUUUCUUCUAUCGAGCAAAAGACCGAGGGCUCCGAACGCAAACAACAGAUGGCCAAGGAGUACCGGGAAAAGGUCGAAAAAGAACUACGCGAGAUCUGCUACGACGUAUUGGGUCUCCUGGACAAGUACCUGAUCCCUAAGGCUAGUAAUGCCGAAAGCAAAGUAUUCUACCUCAAGAUGAAGGGCGAUUAUUACAGGUAUCUCGCAGAAGUGGCAACUGGUGAAACCAGGAACGCUGUGGUAGAUGAUAGCCAGAAGGCGUACCAGGAAGCAUUUGAUAUCAGCAAGUCAAAGAUGCAGCCCACCCAUCCGAUCAGGCUAGGUCUAGCUCUAAAUUUCUCGGUCUUCUAUUACGAGAUCCUCAAUUCACCAGAUAAGGCCUGUCAACUGGCCAAACAGGCGUUUGACGAUGCGAUCGCGGAACUGGACACAUUAAACGAGGACAGUUACAAAGACUCCACGCUGAUCAUGCAGCUGCUGCGUGACAACCUCACUUUAUGGACCAGUGACACGCAGGGCGACGGGGACGAACCACAGGAGGGCGGCGACAACUAACCUUCCUAAGCUUAAGUCCUUUCUAAUCUAAUAAGAACAUCCUACUCUCCUAUCGUCUCCCCCGUCCCUUUAAAACAAAAAAAAAAAAAGAAAGAAAAGAAACAAAAACAACAACAAAGUGCUCACACCACACCACCCCCCAUUAUUUCCAUCCAUUACCCCUUACCCUCACCACCAAUACCACCACCAUUCAUUCACGCCUUGUGUUUUUCUUUUUAAAAUCCUCUUCUCGCGUUUCCUUCUUCUUUUUCUUCUUCUUCUUCUUCUUCACCGUUUGUUUUUUCUUCUACUUCUCUCCCCUCCUGUUACCAGCUCACCCUUGUCCUUUAGCCCAUUAACUAUCUCUCCCCCCACUCCCCUACUACUACUACACAAUACUACUUUAUCAAAACUUUUUUCGUAUAUAUAUAUACAUAUAUAUAUUCUUCUUCUUCUUCUUCUUCUUCUUCUUACUACUAUACACCCUUUUUUUUAUUAUUCCUCAAUCUUCUUCCCUCCCAAUGUUUUUUUUUGUUUGUCGUCACACACACCUUCCAAUGAAACAACAAACAACAACAAAAAGUAAAGAAAAGAAAUGAAACGCUUCAAA